GGGCUAGUGUGGUCAUCUGUGGGGUUGCCAGGUACGCGGGGCUCAAUGCAGGUGUGGGGGGUCGGGGUGUUGGUUUAUCAGCCGCGGUGUUGGUGGCGGCAAUUUCGGUGCGGAAAAGGUUACUAUAACAUAUUUCCUGACAGUUGUGACAUCCGUAAGUGACAUUAAAAUUUGGUAGUGACAAACCACAAUGACAAAAAAAAGCGCAGUGACAUGAAAAAUUAGACCUGUGAUGGCGUAGUGGUGGUGUACUGUUUCGUUGGAAAAUGUUGUCGGAAAAUAAAAGUGGGACAUAAAAAUCUGAUAGUGAAAUAUAACAGUGACAUAAAAAUCUGGUUGUAACAUAAAAAGAGUGACAUUAUGUUUUUUCAAAUGUGUAACCUUCUUAGUCACAUUUUUUGUUAUUUCACAAAAAUUGUCAGAUUUUUGGAAACUAACUUCAAUUUAGUAAUAUACCAUUGAAAAUGUCAUAUUUUUUCUCAUUAGAGAAAAUAAACAAAACUUACCUGAUACUAUAAAAAACAUUAGUACAAGCCCUGGAUUUUAAUGAAAAGUAAGCUGUGUCGUUUUGUUAAUAAAUUAGUGAAAGGCAGAGGUCAGUCUGAUGAUGUUAUAAUUAAGUGAUGUACAUGAUAAGAGAUUAUAUGGUUUCACAAUCUCUUAAUUAUCUCUUCCAAUCACACUAGUAGAUACAGACCUAAUUAGGUAUACUUAAUUAGAUUACCGAUCUAAGGAAACGAACUUAGGAUUAGUGGUAUGCUGAUAUUCUUUUAUUAAAAAACUAGUAUAGUACCCGUGCAUACGCACAGGUAAGAGCAGUUGGUGCAUAUAUUUGUACUCAUGAUCUAAUUACAAAUUAAUAGAUAAAUAUUUCUCGCUUAAUAAUUAGCAAGAUUAUCUUCUUAUAACUAAAAGCACCACAUAUGAGAGAGAGAACUCUCCCGCUCAAUUGUUAGCUUACAUAUCUACUUAUACCUAAAAGCAGUACAUAUGAGAGAGAAAAUUUUAUUGCUUAAUUGUUAGUUGGAGUGUUAUAUUUAAAAGAACUACAUAUGAGAAAGAAAGUUUGUCCGCUCAAUUGUUAGCAAGUUUAUCUUCUUAUCUUCAUAUAUCUAAAAUCACUACAUAUGAGAGACAAAAUUAUCUUGUUCAACUUCCUCGCUCAAUUGUUAGCAAACUUAUAUUGUAAUAUGUAGAAGCACUACAUGUGAGAGAGGAAAUUCUCCCGCUCAAUCAUUAGGAAGCUUAUUUUCUGUUUCUCAGAACCACUACAUAUGAGAGAUAAAGUUCUCACGUUCAAUUGUUAGUCAGCUUAUCUUAUCUUAUACUUAAAAGCACUACAUAUGAGAGAGAGAGAUUUUUCCCGCUCAAUUAUUAGCAAAUUUAUCUUCUAAUCUUAUUGAUAAGCACAAUAAUAACUUAUGUUUUACAUAAGUGAUUAUAAUUAUCUGUACAAAAAUUAAAGCAAAAACAGGUAAAUAUUCCCGAAUGAGCGGAAACAUGAAAUGCGGUUUAGAACAGCAAAAAUAGGGUCAAAAGCCAAAAGGGGUCGAAAACCGACACUUCUGGAUAAAUUUCGGGCAUCAAAAGAAAAAAAGAAGCUAAGUACAAAUUUGGGGGCAAGAAUCGGCGCCGGUCAUCACACAUCCGGCGCCGGUCGUUAGGAUUUUUUCCAAAAGCGGCCUGUUUCCAACCGGCGCAGAGCGAUCAGUGCAUUUUUUCACACGACCGGCGCCGGACACCCCAUAACCGGCGCCGGUUGUUCCGAUUUCUGCUACAAACACAGCUACGUGCAAAAGAUUUCUUGAUGGGAAACUUCAUCUUCUUCAUAUUUGAUCAGAUAUCUCCUCCAUACCUAUUUGUUGGGCUUGAAUAGACUAAAAGAUGCCAUUCUUUAGCCUAUAUAAAGCCCUCAAUUCAUCAUACAAACACAUUCCAUUCCAUAGAUUAAUUCUUAGCUUUCAUAUUUUUGUUCUUGGUAUUUUCUUCAUGUUCUUGAGGAGGGAAGUUCAUCCUCCGAAAUCAUUGGUGUUUAGGUAUUAUUUCCUUUGUAAUUUCAUGUUCCAUUACAUUUAUUAUUGUAUUGUGAUUAAUAUGAGCAUUAGAGGCUAAAUUCUUAGCUAAGGCUAGGGAUGAACUUCUAUGCCCACUACGUGUUUGAUAAAAGUUCUAAACCAAUAAAUUGUGAUUUAUCCUUUAUAUAUUGAUUGUUUAUGACUAUGGUGUACAACAUAGAAGUAUGUUAAAUUUAGUUUAUACUUGCAAUUAACGUUGAAGUCUAAACUAUGAACAUUAAAGGAUAAACAUAUAUAGUACCGAUAAUAGAAUUAUAUCCGGUCUUAUAUGAUACGGGUGUGAUGUCUUGAUAUUCAACGGGGUUUUCGGUAGAUGAAUGUAAGCCGUAACAGGACUUACACGUAACGAAAACCACGCUCUCGCUGCCUUAACCGGAGUUGAGAAUAUAUUAGCGACAUCGUAUUCAUAAUUAUUGGUAAAGAACUAAUAUUCAACCCUAUUAAAGCAUUUAAGUGAUUCCCGAAGCCUUAGUUGUUGUUAUCAUUUAUUUUGAACUCAAAGUUAGUUAACGAUUAUCUUGUUGAACAAAAAGUGAAAAAAACCAAAAAUAUAAAACACAAAUCAAAAUCCUUGCACUUUAUUCAAUUCCUCAUUUAAAGUUAUCUACUCUCAGACUUGAAUUAAACAACGUUUCCUUGUGGAUUCGACCCGGUAUUUUACCGGAAUUUAUUACUAUAUCGGCACUUGUACACUUGCAAGUUUAGCCCGAUCAAGUUUUUGGCGCCGUUGCCGGGGAAACGGUCUUGUUUAAUAAAGUCCAAACAAUCAAUCAAAGAAAAGAAAAAAUAUAUAUAUCAAUCAAUCAAAAAUCCUGAAUUUUUCAUUUCACAUUGCUUUUCACUUGUUCUUGUGGUAUUUUUUUAUGUGCGUAGCCUGUGCUUUGUGUUUGAAUGCAUUUGAGAAGUCAAAGUUCUAAACAUCUUGAACCUGUUGAUCUUGAAAUAGAAAGAACUUUCAAACACAACCGGAGGGAAAGAAAAGAAGCAAAGAUGAUGCCAACACUCAACGAAAGGAAGAGGCCCGUGGUUGCCGCCACUCCCUCAUGUAUUGUCCUAAGCGAGGCGGCAAGGGACUAUGAAAUGAAGAAUAGCUACUUCAAUGCUAUGCCUCAAUUUCAUGAUCAUCCGGGGGAGAAUCCACUUAACUUCAUCACCGAGUUCUAUGGAGUCAUCCAAGGAAUUCCUAGGCAUGGUCUCUCCGAGGAUGAUCUCAAACUCAAAAGCUUUCCCUACACUUUGAAAGGGGCGGCAAGAGGAUGGUUCUUGGAGCAAACACCAGCGAGUUUUACAACGUGGGAAGGUAUCUAUAAUGCUUUCAUUUCUAAGUAUUACACACCCACAAUGACUCAAGAGCUAAGGCAACGAAUCUUCAACUUCAAACAACAAGUUGGAGAACUAUAUUAAGAUGCAUGGAGGCGUUUCAAAGCCUUGUUGAAGGAAUGCCCACACCACCGCAUUCCCCUUGAUCUUCAAAUUGACACAUUCUACAAUGGUUUGAACUUUUCAUGCCAAGUCAUUGUAGAUAACCGUGCGGAGGGGUAUAUUGGCAACAAAACUGAAACGGAGGCAUUAAGGAUCCUCGAAUCCAUUGUUUCAAACCCUCAAUUACAAGGAGGAGAUAUCAAAGUGGCCGGUGUGAGUGAAGUGUCUAUAGCUCAUGAAUUGGACAAACGGUUUGCUGAUUUUCAACAAGCCAUGCACAAAGAUCUUCAAGCUUCAAUUCACACGACUCUACAAAUCGUGAUCGGAGGGGCUAAUCAAAUGACCAAUGUGGAGAGUAUAUCACAACCAGAAGGUAAUUCACCUCAAACUAUUGAAGAUGUGAAUUAUAUGAAUUCAUAUGGGAAUAGGGGGAAUCAAGGAGGCAACACUUAUUCCAACAAUCAACAAAGGUUUAACCAAGGUAAUUCUUGGAAACCACAAGGAGGCCCGUCUAACCCCCCGUCCGGAUUUUCACAAGGGCAAACCAUGGAGGAAAUGAUGAAAACCCUCACUCAAAAUGUUGUGGCUAGUGUAAAGGCCCAAAAUGAAGAGAAUCAUAGUAGAGUGGAGGCAUCCAUUGGGAAUCUCCAUUCACAAUUCACAAAGCUUGACCUCCGGUUUGAAGAUCAAAACCGGAAACUUCACCAACGCAUGGAGAACAUAGAACAAUACACUAAGUCAUCCAUUCACAACUUGGAGGUACAAAUUGGGCAAAUUGCCCAAGGAAAAAGCACUAGAGAGCAAGGGCGGUUCCCCACAACAACGGAAGUCAACCCAAAAGAAAAUGUCAUGGCCAUAACAACAAGAAGUGGCAAAUAAACGGAGGAUCCUAAAUCGCCGGAGAAUGCACCAAUAUCACAAGAGGAGGAAGAUUUGGAAGAACAUAUAUCACCAUCUCCAACAAUGGCAAAUUAUGUUCCUCCUAUCCCAUAUCCACAAAGAUUGAGGAAGAAGGAUGAUUGUAAACAAUACAAGAAGUUUCUUGAUUUAUUUACCAAGCUAAGCAUCAACAUACCAUUCGCGGAGGCUAUUGCGGAAAUUCCUUCUUAUGCCAAAUUUCUAAAGGGGAUUCUCUCAAACAAGAAGAAACUAGCGGAAUUUGCAACUGUGACACUAACGGAGGAGUGUAGUGCAAUCCUUCAAAAUAAGCUCCCUCCAAAAUUGAAGGAUCCCGGAAGCUUCACCGUUCCAUGUUCUAUUGGCAAAAUUGGAGAGGUAAAAUCUCUUUGUGAUCUCGGAGCUAGUAUAAAUCUUAUGCCUCAUUCUCUGUUUUAAAAGCUUGGUGUGGGGGAACCUCAGUCUACAACGGUUGCUCUUCAGUUGGCGGAUAGAACAAUCCAUUAUCUAUUGGGUGUUAUGGAGGAUGUUCUAGUCAAAGUGGGAAAAUUCUAUUUUCCGGUGGAUUUUCUCAUUUUGGAAAUGGAAGAAAUGGAAAUUCCAAUUAUUCUUGGAAGAUCAUUCUUAGCUACCGUUGCCUCCCUCAUUGAUGUGAAGAACGGAUUUGUUAAAUUCCGGGUGGGAGAAGAUGAACAAGAAUUCCAUGUUUGGGAUUCAUUAAAGAAACAUCAUGAUAUAUCCUCGUGUUUUAGUAUUGACAUCAUUGAUACUAUAACUCAGGAGAUGUUUGAAAGAGAGCUUCACAAAGAUCCUCUUGAAGCAUGUCUUACACUAGGACACACCGAAGAAGAGAACAAUUCUGAAAUUUUCCAACAAAUGAUGUUCUUGCAAGGUGAAACCAUUCAUAGACCUUAGCGGAAAAGAUUUGAAGAUCUUGGGCAAAGGAAGUCCAUCCUCCAACCAUCAAGUCAAACUCCUCCAAAGCCCACUCUCAAACCUCUACCGGUACAUCUCAAAUAUGCAUUCCUUGGCAAUGACUCUACGUAUCCGGUGGUAAUUUCCUCUAUUCUUUCUCCUUUACAAGAAGAGAAAUUACUCCGGGUAUUGAGAGCUCACACAUCAUCAAUAGCUUGGUCUUUGGCGGAUAUCAAGGGUAUAAGCCCAUCUCGAUGCAUGCAUCGGAUCCUCAUGGAGGAAAAUCACAAACCAACGGUAGAACAUCAAAGGAGGCUCAAUCCAAAUAUGAAGGAUGUGGUCUAGGAGGAAGUUCUCAAACUCUUUGACUAUGGUAUCAUCUAUCCCAUAUCCGAUAGUAACUAUGUGAGUCCCGUGCAAGUAGUCCCGAAGAAAGGAGGAAUCACCGUCAUAUCCAAUAGUAAGAAUGAAUUAAUUCCUACUAGAAUGGUUACCGGGUGGAGGAUGUGCAUUGACUACCGAAAACUGAAUGUCGGCACAAGAAAAGAUCAUUUCCCCUACCAUUCAUGGAUGAAAUGCUAGAGAGAGCAGCCGGUCAUGAAUUCUAUUGCUUCUUGGAUGGGUUCUCGGGCUAUUUUCAAAUAGCUAUUUCACCCGAAGAUCAAGAGAAAACCACCUUUAGUUGUCCUUUUGGGACAUUCGCUUACCGGAGGAUGCCGUUUGGACUUUGCAAUGCACCGGGGACCUUUCAAAGGUGCGUCAUGGCUAUUUUUUCGGAUAUGGUGGGAGAUUUUAUGGAGGUAUUUAUGGAUGAUUUUUCAGUCUUUGGAAACUCAUUUGAUAUAUGCCUAAAUAAUCUUGAAAAAGUGAUCAUCCGAUGUGAAGAAACACAUCUUGCUCUUAAUUGGGAGAAAUGUCACUUUAUGGUGACUGAAGGCAUUGUCUUGGGGCAUAAAAUAUCCCCUCAAGGCAUUGAAGUUGAUCAAGCUAAAGUGGAGGUUAUUGAAAAAUUGUCACCUCCUCAUUCGGUAAAAGCCAUUAGAAGUUUCUUGGGGCAUGCCGGUUUUUACCGGCGAUUCAUCAAAGAUUUCUCAAAAAUCGCAAAACCACUUUGCGAUUUACUUGCCAAGGAUACCACUUUUGAUUUCUCUCAAAAACACAGCAGUUUUUGAACCCUACCCCCAAAUUUUACGAGCUAAACGACCGGCCAUCACCCCAAACCACCCAAAUCCGCCACCCAUAGCUGUAAAUCACCCAUAGGAGCAUUGAAUUAACACCAAGACCCAUUCCUCAAAGCUUCAUCAUCACUUUACUUCAUCAAUUCAAGGUCAAAUGGCUCCUAAACGACGAAAUGAUGCUACUUCUUCCUCUUCAUCCGUACCACGUUUCACCUCCCCGGAGAAUGAAGCUUGGUAUGAUCAAAGGAAGAAGUGGAAAAUUGUGAUUGAAAAGGCUGUGCAUCCGGAGAUCGAAGCUCUCUAUCGAUAAGCACAAUAAUUACUUAUGUUUUACAUAAGUGGUUAUAAUUAUCUGUACAAAAAUUAAAGCAAAAACAGGUAUUUAUUCCUGAAUGAGCGGAAACAUGAAAUGCGGCUUGAAACAGCAAAAAUAGGAUCAAAAGCCAAAAGGGGUCGAAAACCGGCACUUCUGAAUAAAUUUCGGGCAUCAAAAGAAAAAAAGAAGCUAAGUACAAAUUUGGGCGCAAGAACCGGCGCCGGUCAUCACACAUCUGGCGCCGGUCGUUGGGAUUUUUUUCCAAAAGCGGCCUGUUUCCAACCGGCGCAGAGCGAUCGGUGCAUUUUUUCACACGACCGGCGCCGGACACCCCAUAACCGGCGCCGAUUGUUCCGAUUUCUGCUACAAACACAGCUACGUGCAAAAGAUUUCUUGAUGGGAAACUUCAUCUUCUUCAUAUUUGAUCAGAUAUCUCCUCCAUACCUAUUUGUUGGGCUUGAAUAGACUAAAAGAUGCCAUUCUUUAGCCUAUAUAAAGCCCUCAAUUCAUCAUACAAACACAUUCCAUUCUAUAGAUUAAUUCUUAGCUUUCAUAUUUUUGUUCUUGGUAUUUUCUUCAAGUUCUUGAGGAGGGAAGUUCAUCCUCUGAAAUCAUUGGUGUUUACGUAUUAUUUCCUUUGUAAUUUCAUGUUCCAUUACAUUUAUUAUUGUAUUGUGAUUAAUAUGAGCAUUAGAGGCUAAA